CUAGGCGCCCGGCUCUUUCUCUCUCUCUCUUCGCUCUCUCUCUCUUUCUGUCGUGUGUGGGAGCCGAGUUCAGAGCUCGCAGGGGGGCCCGGAGCGAGAGGCGAGGGAGCCGGCGACAGGAGCAAGAGCAGGGUCCUCGCCCUCGAGGGUGAAGGGUGGGCUGGGAAGCAGAAAGGGCGCCGCUGUGGGCGUUGGGCCGGAGCUGCUGCCUGGCCUGGCCUGGCUUUGGCCUGCCCUCGAGGUCCAGGGGCCCGGGGGCGCCUCCAGGACCCUGCGAGCACCGCUGGUUUGAGGUCAAGGGCCAGGAGGAAGCAGCCCUGGCAGGCAGCGGGGCCAUCAGCGCCCUCCACCCCACGGCACGAGUCCUGCCCCCGCCAGGAGGCCAGCCCCGAGGGCACAAGGGGGGGCCAAUGCCAUGUCUCCUUGGAGCCCGCCCAUGGGCCGGGACUGUGGCCCUUGUCCUGCCAGUGGCCUCCCCGGGCUCUGAGGAUGGGCAGUGGGGGCUCCUCAGGCCGGGAGGAGCGGCUGCCUUCGUCGGCUGAGGAGCAGCUGAGCUGCGGGGACCAGAUGCUGGAGCUCUCCGGGCGCCACCUCAAGAGGGUGCCCAUCCCGGUGUGCUCCCUCAGCAACUUGCAGAAGCUGUACAUCAGUGGCACCGGCAUCACCGAGCUGCCCGAGGAAAUUGAGGGGCUGCAGGAGCUGCGCAUCCUGGCACUGGAUUUCAACAAGCUGGAGGAAGUGCCCGAAGCGCUGUGCCGCCUGCCCCACCUGACCCGCCUCUACCUGGGCAGCAAUCGCCUCUUUGGCCUGCCCGCAGAAUUCUACCAGCUCAAGACCCUCCGUUGUUUGUGGAUCGAGAGCAACUACCUGUACCGCUUCCCCCGGGCCUUGCUCCAGAUGCCCGGGCUACAGUCCCUGCAGAUGGGCGACAACCGACUCAAAACGCUUCCCAAUGGCCUACCACGCAUGAGAGGGCUUCGGGGACUCUGGCUAUAUGGGAACCGCUUUGAUGAAUUUCCACAGCCUUUGCUUUGCAUGACCCAGCUUCACAUCAUGGACCUUGACCGCAACAAGCUGACAGAGCUUCCCGACUUGAGCCACCUGCGGCGCCUUCGGCUCUUCUCCUAUGACCAUAACCCCGUGGAAGGCCCCCCAAAUGUGGCUGACAGUGUCGUGGUGGUGGGUGAGGGAGCCCAGGAGUUCAUGGAGGCCCGGGAGGAAAGACUACAGGCCCUUCGGGAGCAGGAAGAGGAAGAGCAGGAGGAGAUUGAGUCUGAAGUUCUGCAAACCAACCUGAAAAAUGACUCUUCCAUGUUGGAUGAUGGGGAGGGCAGCUUUUCGGCUCUGGAAUGCUCUCCAGAAGAGACAUGAAACAGGACAUAUUGCUAAAAAUAAACCGUGUGGAUAUUGAUAGGCUUUUGAAUGUACACAUACCUUUCAAAGAAUUGAGAGCUGGACACUGUCAGUGUACUCAGAAACUAUGGUUUUGGAGGUGGGAUCUCGAGCAAUUCUUGAAUAUGGCAGUUGCCAGCCCAUUGCAGAGAACAUAGAAUGGCAAAUCCCGGCUCAUGCCAUUGUACUGAAUUAUGGAUAACUUCAUUCCUUAUGAACAACCUUCCAAAUUCCAGGAUAUGAGGGACAGAGUGGGUGGCAUGGAUGAGAUGUUUGCGCAGUGGAUAAUUCCAUUGUGUGUUGUCUUUGAAACAGUUGUCCUCAACUGAAGACAUAGAUAACGGUCACGUUAUGGCAAAAGCAGAGUAUGAAAUAGAUAUUACUUUUGUGGCAAGCAGGUAAAAUCCUACUCUGGAGUAUUACAGUGAGUCUCAGCAACAAGACAGGAUAAAGCCAUCAUGUUUAUUUAUUUUCCCCUAUCCUCAGAUGUUGGCUGGGAAAGAGGGGAGCUGCUGAGAUGAUAGUGUGAAUGUAAAAUCUUCUUUCGUCCCAUGAAUUUUAACCUACUACUGGAAUGAGAUUUGGAGAAAAGCUCACCCUGACUGCUCCUUCCAGCUGUCAGGUUUGAACUCUUGUUUGUGCAGUGCUUUGCCUGCGCUCUUUGUAUGGUGGGAAAAGAGCUGUGCCUGCUGCUUCACUGCUUUCCUGGACUUUCAAUUCCCUUAAAAGGGCACAGAAUCAAAAGCGAUGUGACCUGGGCCAUUGCAGACUCGUGUGGAUCGUAGAUAGAAGAGUUGCAGCCGCUGGACUUUUCCCUGUUUUGCAGGGUGGCAGGUUCAUUCUGGUGUGGGACUCUCUGGCUAGAUUUAUAUUAAAUCUAAGCAAUAAAAGCACAGAAAGUGGAGCGAGAGGGCUGAAGUGGGCACAGCGUAGGGGGACACAAAUUCUCAGGGAGAUUGCUGGAGAAGCAGGAGACCAAAGCUGCUGGGUGGGCUGGGGCUAUUUUUAAAGAGUGUUGUAAGUGAAAUUAUAACACCUGGUGAAAGCAAACAAGUUUCUCUGGCAUUUGUGUUAUUUAUAAAAAUCCUCUUUUUCUGGUUUCUUAACAAAGACCCAUUUGUUUUUGCUGCUUUCUCUGUCUCUAUUUCUCUUUCCCCCUCAGCCUGCCUCCCUUCUUUUUCUCACGUUGUUCCCUCCUCUUGUCCUCUUUUCACUGCUAACCACCACUGUUUCCUUUCUCCUCUGCUCCAUAACACACCUCAGCUGUGUUUGAUCUCUCCUUGGACUGAUUUUGCUUCAUUUGGUCCCGUCGCUACAUUGGGAGGACAUGUUCCCUGAGCACUGCUAAAAUAAACAUCUUGGUGUUGGAUUUCUUUAAGUGAAA